AUGCCGCCCAAGAAACGAAGUGGCGACGAUGAAGCCAACAACCAGAUGAAAAGGAGAAGAAAGAAGAAUGGAGACGACGUGGAAUUUGGACUGGCCGAGUCGAUUGAGUCUGAUGACGAAAAUCUGGACAUAACAUUAGAAGGGUCCCUUGUAAAUGGGGAAGUCUUGUUCUCUGGUGGAACCAAUUGGUGUAUGAUUGGACGAAGCCACCUUCCUAAAGGAGUAAAAAACACUGGCGGCCCUAACUUAUGGGGUCCCCAUCGUAUUGCCAACCUGUGUGGGGUGAGAGUACGAACUGUGGUGUCUGGUUGUACAGCAUGUCACAAUGUGAUCAUCACUGCCGAAGGCAAAGUCAUGACUUGGGGUCGCAAUGAAAAGGGUCAAUUGGGGCAUGGGGAUGAUACACGCAGAGACACCCCAACCCAUGUGGAAGCUUUGGCAAAUGAUGUGAUCAUUGAUGCUGCCUGCGGGAAAAACCACACCCUCUUCAUAACUGCAAGAUUUAAGUUUUUUCUUUCUUUUUUUCUUUCUUUCCGUUUUCUUUCUUUUCGUUUCUCUUUCUUUCCGUUUCUCUUUCUUUCCGUUUCUCUUUCUUUCCGUUUCUCUUUCUUUCCGUUUCUCUUUCUUUCCGUUUCUCUUUCUUUCCGUUUCUCUUUCUUUCCGUUUCUCUUUCUUUCCGUUUCUCUUUCUUUCGUUUCUCUUUCUCUUUCUUUCCGUUUCUCUUUCUUUCCGUUUCUCUUUCUUUCGUUUCUCUUUCUUUCGUUUCUCUUUCUUUCCGUUUCUCUCUUUCUCUUUCUUUCCGUUUCUCUUUCUUUCCGUUUCUCUUUCUUUCCGUUUUCUUUCUUUCGUUUUCUUUCCGUUUCUCUUUCUUUCCGUUUCUCUUUCUUUCCGUUUCUCUUUCUUUCCGUUUCUCUUUUCCGUUUCUCUUUCUUUCCGUUUCUCUUUCUUUCCGUUUCUCUUUCUUUCCGUUUCUCUUUCUUUCCGUUUCUCUUUCUUUCCGUUUCUCUUUCUUUUUCUCUUUCUUUCCGUUUCUCUUUCUUUCCGUUUCUCUUUCUUUCCGUUUCUCUUUCUUUCCGUUUCUCUUUCUUUCCGUUUCUCUUUCUUUCCGUUUCUCUUUCUUUCCGUUUCUCUUUCUUUCGUUUCUCUUUCCGUUUCUCUUUCUUUCGUUUCUCUUUCCGUUUCUCUUUCUUUCCGUUUCUCUUUCUUUCCGUUUCUCUUUCUUUCGUUUUCUUUCUUUCCGUUUUUCUUUCUUUCCGUUUCUCUUUCUUUCGUUUUCUUUCUUUCCGUUUCUCUUUCUUUCCGUUUCUCUUUCUUUCCGUUUCUCUUUCUUUCCGUUUCUCUUUCUUUCGUUUCUCUUUCUUUCCGUUUCUCUUUCUUUCGUUUCUCUUUCUUUCCGUUUCUCUUUCUUUCCGUUUCUCUUUCUUUCCGUUUCUCUUUCUUUCCGUUUCUCUUUCUUUCCGUUUCUCUUUCUUUCCGUUUCUCUUUCUUUCCGUUUCUCUUUCUUUCCGUUUCUCUUUCUUUCUUUCUCUUUCUUUUCUCUUUCUUUCGUUUCUCUUUCUUUCCGUUUCUCUUUCUUUCCGUUUCUCUUUCUUUCCGUUUCUCUUUCUUUCCGUUUCUCUUUCUUUCCGUUUCUCUUUCUUUCCGUUUCUCUUUCUUUCCGUUUCUCUUUCUUUCCGUUUCUCUUUCUUUCCGUUUCUCUUUCUUUCCGUUUCUCUUUCUUUCCGUUUCUCUUUCUUUCCGUUUCUCUUCUCUUUUUUCUUUUACUUUUUUAAACUUUGGGAAGACUAUUUUAAAAAGGGUAAAGUAUUCUCCUGUGGUGACAAUAAAAUGGGGCAACUUGGUAUUGGGCACCAGAGUCCCUGUGUGCCAACACCUAUCAGAAUUCAUUAUAAAGGUCCUCCAAUCCGAAAAGUCGCUUGUGGUGGUGAAUUUAGUAUGUUGGCAGAUAUCCGUGGUAAUCUUUAUUCAUUUGGUUGUCCAGAAUAUGGUCAGUUAGGAAACAAUUCGGAUGGUAAAUAUUUUGUAACCAGCAACAAACUGUCCUUCAAGUGUGACCUCGUUCCAAAGAAAGUGCAUGUGUUUAUUGAAAAGACCCGAGAUGGUCAUAUCAUUCCAAUCACUGAUGUAGAAAUCCGUAACAUUGCAUGCGGAAUAAAUCAUACAAUUGCUCUUGAUUCUAAAAAACGGGUCUAUACUUGGGGAUUUGGUGGCUAUGGACGGUUGGGACAUUCUGAACCCAAAGAUGAAUUAGUGCCAAGACAUUUAAAAUUCUUUGAUGGUCCCAAUAGAGGAGCAGCUCAGAUUUUUGCUGGCUCUACAUUCUGUCUUGCUGUCAACGAAUUAGGCAAUUUGUUUUUCUGGGGACAAACUAAAUCUACUGGUGAAGCAUCCAUGUAUCCGAAAUUGGUCCAAGACUUAUCUGGUUGGAGGGUGAGGAGUGUCGGAUGUUGUAACAAGAGCAUUGUGGUUGCUGCUGAUGAAAGUGUCAUCAGUUGGGGACCAAGUCCAACUUAUGGAGAACUGGGUUAUGGCGACCAUAAGCCUCACUCCUCUACAGUUCCUCAAGAAGUAAAAACCCUUGAUGGCAUUUAUAUUCAUGGUGUUGCCUGUGGCUAUGGCCAUUCUCUUUAUCUUGCACGAGCAGACACUGAAGCCAACAGAGAGAAACUUGAACGGUUGCCUAUCUAUACACCUUAA